AAAAUGUUUCGGUUUUAAUGCAAAUAUGCACUGGAAAGGUGUCACAUGAUUUCGUAGUAUUUUUAAUGUAGCUAUACUAACCCGACCAACCGUCCACAAUAUUUUAAAGUAUUUUUUUUAUAUUGCUUAUGAUUUUAUCCUAUGAAUCGUUACUUACGACAUGAUUCAAAACUACUUCAAAUGAAAUGUAAAAAAAAAAAAUACUUUCUUAAUUCUUAAGUUAUGGCAUUGAUUGGACUAUGAAAGAGAAAAAUUUUGAAAGGGUACUUUACCAGUUUAUUUUCUGCUGUGUCAUUGUACAGAAAAACCUGAAAGGUACCCUUUCCGAUGGGAUACCUUUCCAGUGCAUAUGUGCAUUAAAACCGAAACAUUUUGAGAACUCGGAAAGGGUACUUUUCCAGUUUCUACCCAGCUACACUACCGCUACAAAAAGUGUGAAAGGUACCCUUUCCGAGGGGAUUCAAUUCAGCACCUCCGCCCCCGCCCUCAACAGAGGAGGGACUUGUUGACGCCGCUGUCACACUCACGUGCCACGGAGCGACGCCUCGCUUUCCUUGUCAUGCCGCGCUCUAGGCACUGCCUGCGAUCCUUAUCACCGGCAGCGUGCUAGUCUGCACGUGAGAGAUAUGGUGGCAACAGGCCGUGCAUUAACUUUCUUCGUGGUUCUCACCGUGGACACGGCCUUCGCCUCUCCAGCGAAGUCAUGUCCGAGUACACAGCAGAUGUCUUCAACUUCCACGCUGUUUCCCGACACGGACGACUGCUCUAUCUUCUACAACUGUAGCGAGGAACUCACAGGGUGAAUCUCCCGAGGAUCUGCUUAGAAACAAUGCAGCCUUUAUUUCUUCAGGAAUUGGAAAUACUGGGCAGUUUACCGAUACGACAAAGGCAUCUAUUAAGCAUCACAGAAAAUCUGUUCAGUCGGCCGAUGUAUCUCCAGUGAAACUGGAAGACAAGUUAUCUGACAAAUAUUCAUCAACCUCAGUGUCUAAAGCACCAACACUUUCACUGACAGAACAUGGAUUAGAACCUCUAGCUACAGUUUCAGUAGAUGAUAGAAGGACAUUCAUAGCAGAUAUUCCACACCUGAAGUUGUAUAACAGAACUAUUCAUUCUAGAAUAUCGCCUACUAAUGCAAUAACAACAGAAUAUUCUCCUACAAAAUCUACGACUAUUCAAGCUGUUAUGCACAGAAAAUUAUACAAGCAGUUUCACAGUCACAUGUCAAAUGUAAAUAAUAAAGAAUUGGUUUUUAAGUCACCUACAGAGUCCUAUGUCCUAUCUAAAGCCGAAUAUAUUACAGAAAAUUUACCCGUUACGAGUUCUGAUAAAUUAACCCCAGAAGAUCACACCAAUAUCGCAAAAAAAUCAGGCGUCAGUGCCCAAUCUCAGAAAAUUGUUUCUAAUGCAGUAAAAAUACCAUAUUUUUUAUCAGAAAGUAGUAACUAUAAAGAUAAUGCUCAAGUAAUGAAACCGGAAACUUUUGAAAAUAAUAAUGUCGGCCAAAAUGCUUCACUAGAGUCAAUGAAAACGCCUCACACUACAUCAAUACCGCUUAAAUUAUCAAUAAGAAAGAGUUCACUUGAAACAAAUAAGGUAUUUACUGUACAGAAUCAAAAUUCUGAUCACAAGGAAUCAAAAAUUCCUAGUUUAAGUGAGAGAAACAAUACAUCAUUUUUAGUAACAGAGAAUUCAAAGUUAAGAACGAAGAAUGAAAUACUAUCUUCAACUUAUAUGAAAAUUGAAUAUAAACCCUGGAUGAAAAAUUCAAACACAACAACUAUUAAUUACUUAGAGAGAAUGGUUAGUUUUAUUACCAGAAACUUCAUUAGCCUUCGAAAUCUAUUUUUAUUCGAAAACACAGAUUUAAAACCAUCAACUUCGAAAACAGGUAAUGUUUCUUUAUCUCAUAAUAUUAACCAAAACAACUCCGGUCUUUAUCAAUCCACCAAAGAUAGUUAUCAGCAAGGAGUCUUAAGUGAAGGAAGUACUAAAGCUAAAAAAUUAAGACGGAUGGGUGAAGCAGAACUGGAAAUACCGAACGAAAGUAAAAGUUCUGUAAAAAAUAUGAAAAUAAACACCAUUAAAAAUGCCAGCACACAAAGUGAAGAAUCUGAAGAAGAGUUAUUAUCCUCCAUUGAAGAGAAUAGAAAAAUCUUUAAUAUCAACGAAAAAUUUAAGCAUGGAAUGAAUGUAGGCAAAGUAAGUUCAGCUAGCCAAGAAAUAAAAGAGUCCAGUGAAGACAGCGACUCAAGUGAAGAGAAACAAAAUGAAAGGUCAUCAAGCGAUGAAAGCAAUAGCACCAAUGAUGAAAUUGAAAGUGACGUAAGUGAAAUUGACGAAAGCGACUGAAUUAAACAUUUUUAAAUUAAUAUAAUUUUUCCAUGUGUGAAGUUGAACUCUUUUACU